UGUAUUCUGUCUCCUGAGCGAUUUCUGAUAAGACCUUGCAUUCGACAUCUGUGUUGAAAGAUCAAAGACACAAGAUGCUGAAAAAUCGACGCUUCGAAGAUGAAACAAAAGCACCUAUUCUAGGCGUAAGGCACCUGCAAUGUCUUCUGCUAUUCACAGGUCUUGCUGUUGCAUUCGCCAUGCGAGUAAAUUUUUCAAUGGCAAUUGUGGCGAUGACCGAUAACAACUCCACAAGCGCAGCGGAAGUGGAAACAUAUCAAUGGACGGAAAAAACGAAAUCUAUGCUUUUAAGUAGUUUUUUCUGGGGUUACGUAUUCACGCAAGUACCAUCAGGUCAAUUGGCGCGAAAGUUCGGCGGUAAAACCAUGCUGGUUUAUGGUUUGCUCAUGGCCUCAAUACUUACAAUAUUAACACCUAUGGCUGCUAAGAUCGGAAAUUGGCAAUUAGUGUGCGCAUCACGUUUCUUUCAGGGCCUUAGUCAAGGAGUGUUUUUUCCAUCAACACAUACAAUCAUAUCUCAAUGGGCACCGUUGGAAGAACGUGGACUUUUAGGUGCCAUCUGUUAUUCUGGUAGUCAGUUUGGCACAGUUGUAAUGCUUGCAGUGAGUGGUAUUAUGGCAUCAUCAGAUUAUGGGUGGCCUUGUAUAUUUUAUGCGUCGGGCGCUGCAGGCAUAGUAUGGGUAUUUAUAUGGUAUAUAUGGGGUGCCAGUACGCCUAGCGAAUGCAAAUCAAUAAGUGCUGAGGAGAAAAACUUGAUUGAAAGUUCAUUGGGUAGAAAUGAAGAUGAACCAAAAAAAUUGCUUCCCAUUCCAUGGAGUAAAAUAUUUACAUCUUUACCAUUUUUGGUACUCUGUUUGGUGCAUUGCACACACAACUGGGGCUUUUGGACAUUAUUGAUUGAGAUACCAACAUAUAUGAAAAAUGUACUUGGCAUGAAUAUUAAGAGCAAUGCACUUUUAUCAGCACUGCCGUAUCUGGUGAUGAUGUUGCUCAGCUAUGUUUUCGGAAUUAUUGCUAUGAUCUGCGGAAAACGCAAAUAUAUUUCAACGUCAGUGAAUCGAAAACUUUUCAACACUAUUGGUCAGUGGGUACCUGUAGUCACUUUGAUUUGUUUAGGUUAUCUUAAACCAGGACAAACUUCUCUGGCGGUUGUCUUGCUUACAAUUACUGUUGGCGUUAAUUCGGCUACCUUUUUGGGUUUUAAGGUCAAUCAUAUCGAUUUGUCACCUAAUUUUGCAGGCGUUUUAAUGGGAAUCACCAAUUGUGCAGCCAAUAUAAUGAGUUUCCUAGCUCCAUUGGCUGUGGGAUUCAUUGUAACUGAUGAGAAAAAUCCAGUGCAGUGGUCCAUAGUAUUUUUCAUUGCCGCUUUCCUUUAUUUCAUUGGCAAUUUAUUGUUUAUAAUUUUCGGCAAAACAAAUAUACAAAUAUGGAAUGAUCUUUCUACAUCUCAAGAUCUGAAAAAAAACAACAAUAACAAUGUUGAACUACAGUGA